AUGGAUUUUAAUUCGAGAAAAAAAAAAAAGAAAAAAGAUGAUGAUAUAUACAAUGAAAAUAUAAAUAUAUAUUUGGAAGAAAAUGACAAUUAUAUACUUGAUUUGGAAAAAAAGGUUCAAACCCUAAAACUGAUAGGUUCCAACCUAAGAGAGGAAGUUAGGACUUCCAAUUCUCUUCUAGACAAUUUAUCCGAUCGCAUGGAAAGCGUAAAUAAAAAAUUAACAGGAGUAUAUAGGAGAGUCAAAAAUAUUUUAAGAACAAAGGGAAAUAAAUACUUGUUUUACCUUAUAUUGUUCUUUCUUUUUUUGCUGUUUUUUAUGAACUAUUUAUACCGAAAAAAUAAAUGA